AUGGGUAAUUUUUUUUCAAAAAAGGAUUCUAUUUUUGAAAAAAAAGUAGUAGCCAUGGAAUCCAAAAUUAGUAUUUUGGAGACCAGAAUUAAUAGUUCAAAGAACUAUCAUUCAGCUUUUUUAUAUGAAAAGUUUGCUUUAUCAAGUGACACUUUGUCUGAAAAGGCAAUUUGUUUUAUUUUUUCGUUAUUAACCUCAAUGAUAAUCUAUUAUUCAGCAAAGUUAUAUAGAUUGUCAUUUGAAAUAUUAAUAAAAAAAAAUGAAAAAAAAUUAAAAAAUUUAAAAGAUGGUCUUGAAAAAUUAUUUGAAGACAGAAAAUUUGAAACAGAUUUUGAAAGAACUAAAAAACUUUUAGAAGAAUAUGAACGUUUCAAAAAAAAUAAUACAACCCAGAUCUUCAACAUAAACCACCAUAAAGACCACCAAUAA